AUGCCGAGGCAAGGCGGCGGGAGUGGCAACAGGCUGUCGGACUGGCGCCGAGUCACGGGCGCUGCUGCCGCGAGCGGGCUGGCGGCGAGCGCGGAGGAGGGGGGAGCAGCGGAGGAGCGGGAAGGGGACGGGUUUGGAAGCGGGGAAGACGAUUUUGCUGUAAACGCACCAGUGAGGGGCGCGGGCGGAGCCAGACGGGCGGAAAGACGCGCGGCUGCUGGCGGAAGCAGUAGCGGAGGUCGCGGAGGGAGGCGCAAAGGCGGGGGAGGAGGGGGAGGAGGGAGCCGUGCAACGCGCCGAGCAGGCGGAUGUGUGACGUUACGGGGGGAGACAGAAACGGGGGGAGAUCAUUACCCUAGGGAAGCAACGAGCCGAUUUGGUGCUAGCAACGAUGGCGCACCGGCGGCCCGUAGAUCUCUUUCCGAGUCGGCUUUAAAGACAGCGACUCGCGAGUCAUAUCAGAAUCAAGAGCAGGGUCAGUCGGAGAUUAACGUGCUCAGGGAUAUGUUUGGCGGCGGCGCGGUAUCGGACGCGGAGAUUAGCCACGUGUACUAUCACGAGUGCCGGGGGUCGUUAGAGGCUUCGAUAGAAGCACUUUUAGGGUUGGCGAACCGCGUUGACAGUACUGGAUGUGACAGUAUCGGGAGUGAGCGCACGGAGCGGCAGCGUAGCGACGUUAGUCUGGAUCCCCACCCCGUCUCCCCGUCCUCCUCCUUCGCCUUCCCCUCCGCCUCCCCUUCCGCCUUUUCCUCCGACUCCGCUUCCGCUUCCGCCAUGACCCCACCCGCUGCACCUCCUCUCGUCCGCCCAUCCACGUCCUCCUCCCCGCCUCCCCUUCCGCCACUCGCCGUUCCCUCGUCAUCAUCCUCCGCACAGCCCGCUUCCGCGCAUCCCUAUCCGCCCUCCUCCUCGUCCCCCGCGCUCACGUCUCCCCCCGGCGGCGCGCCGCUGCUCGUCGCGCUACCCUGCGACCUCCAAGAUCUUAUCCUCUCCGCGCUUGACCUCCCCUCCCUCGCGCGCCUCGCCUGCGCCUCGCGCCACUUGCGCCACCUCAUCCGCCUCCGCCGGUUGGCGCUCAAGCACCUCGCGCUUCCGCGCACCCUCCCCGCAUGGGCCGCGCCGUCGCUGGUCGGGGCGCACGGGGGGCUCGAGUCGCUCAGUUUGCAGCGCCUGGGGCGCUGUGAGAUGGAUUUCCGUUCCGUGUUUGCUGCUGCUGCGGGGGUGGGGGAGAGGGGGGAGGUGUGGGGAGCGGAGGCGGGGGGGGCAGGAGGAGCGGAAGCAGGAAAAGAGGGGGGAGGGGUGGGGAGGCAGAGACAGGAGCAGCAGCAGCAGCAGCAGCAGCAGCAGCAGCGGCAGCAAGUGGUGGUUGGAGGGGUGGUUAUGCAGCCCACUAGGUCUCUUCAGUCGAUUUCAUUGGCUGGCUGCGUCCACCUCAGCGACGCUGACGUGGCGUCCCUGUGCGCACUGCACCGCCGCCUGGCGUCCGUGGAUCUGUCAUCGUGCCGCCAGGUGACAGACGUGGCGCUGACGCCUCAACUUGCCUCACUCCCUCUCUUCUCUUCGCCACCUCUCUGCCUCUCAUCUGCCGCUACUAGAGUCUCUCACCCUCCUCCUUCCACGCUCCUGCCCACUUGA